AUGCCUCUUGAGCGCACGCAGUCAACGGCAAGCAGGCCGCUCGACCGCACUGAAUCGCACGCAUCGGCUUCUCGCUCCGCCUCCUUCGCAACCGCUGGUGAUCAUCAGGGCCACCACCACGACCAAGAAGACAGCGAUGACGAUGUCGAAGAUUCAUUCGGCAUCAACAAUCCUGUCGAGGGUGAAGAUGGAGGUGAUCAAGUGCGACAAUUGGCCCCGCCCGUCAUCGUAGUCGCCAAUCCUCCCCCCGAUGACGCCCGCAAGCUCAUGCUCAUCGCCAAAAGUCGCCCCGAGAAGCUAUGGCAGACACGUAUGCUGCAACUAUUGAACCCAGCAAUGGCCCUCUGGGAUAUCAAUGCGGCAGGCAUCACAUACGACCUGCCUCAGUGGCUCCUCAACACAGCUGCGAAAAAGGACUGGCCCAUCAUCCGCUGGGCCCGCCUCAACGUGGCUGACGACUCGUGGCGGUGUGAGGCAAGGGCGAAUAUCCUCUAUGAGACUGUCGAUGGCGAUCUUGCCUUUGCUCGCGGCUGCGCCCGUUGCGAGGCGAAGCAGCAGCCGUGCCUCUGGCGCGGAGAUGCGUUCGACUCGUGCCAGGCGUGUGUCAAGGGCAAGGCAUUCUGCGGCUGUGGUGGCCGAGUCUCGGUCAAGUUCAUCGACGAAUUCCUUGACCACUUGCACGUCCACCACGGCCUAGAUCGCAAUCCAAUCGGGUCUACUUGUGAGCCUCUGGUCCCCAAGCGGUACUUCCGAAGCUUUGAUGGCCAAGCCUACAAGCACCCGGCCAAGAAGCUUGGACUUGAUGGUCUGCCUCCAAAGGAGGCCUACAAGCUUUGGGAGCGCAAAGAGUGGGAGCCGAUUCAGGCCAAGGGCAAGAAGCGGGCGUCCGAGUCCUUUGAAUCGACCACAGAGCGCAACAAGAGGCGUCGAGAGGAGGCAGAGCUCGUGGAGGAGGCGGAGAGGCGAGAGGCGUUGGCACUGCGCACCCGCCUCAGCAACCAUGAUAGCCAAUGUCGCCAGCAAGUGGCGAGGCAUCAAGAUGGGGGUGAUGGGAGGGCGGAGGGCAGCCAGCAACCUCAGGGAGGGUGGAGGCAGCAGGGGCGCUUCCCAACAUCCCCACGCUCAAGACCUUUCUUCUCAUCUCGUGAAGAAGCAGAGGUAGUAGACGCGGGCGCGUACGUACACCAGCAGCAGCCGCUUGCCCUUCCUUGA